GAGGGCUCCCGUGUUUCACGCCGGGACUGGACCAAGAGAGAGGUGGAGUCUUUGGGCUUUGAGCUCUAACUCACCCCAUGCCAAUCCCCCUCUCCACACUUUCUGCCUCCUUUCUCGCACCGUACUCGGACGGGAUACACAGCCGCGCAAUGGAGUCGGAAGGCAGCCAAAGUAACCUGUCCUCCUCGGACUCUCCGCACGACCCCUGCAAAAUGUUCAUCGGUGGUCUGAGCUGGCAGACUACGCAAGAGGGUUUGAAGGACUACUUCUGCAAGUUUGGUGAAGUGAAAGAGAGUAUGGUGAUGAGAGAUCCAGUUACAAAACGCUCGAGGGGUUUCGGAUUUGUCACAUUUGUUGACCAAGCUGGUGUGGACAAAGUCCUGGCCCAGUCCAGACAUGAGCUGGACUCGAAAACUAUUGACCCGAAAGUUGCCUUCCCACGACGAGCCCAGCCUAAGUUGGUGACUCGGACAAAGAAAAUCUUUGUUGGAGGUCUAUCGGUGAACACUACUAUUGAAGAUGUAAAGCAGUACUUUGACCAGUUUGGAAAGGUGGAUGACGCCAUGCUUAUGUUUGACAAAACCACCAACAGGCACAGAGGGUUUGGAUUUGUGACCUUCGAGAAUGAAGAUGUGGUGGAGAAAGUCUGUGAGAUCCACUUCCAUGAAAUCAACAACAAGAUGGUGGAGUGUAAGAAAGCCCAGCCCAAGGAAGUGAUGUCACCCACAGGCUCUUCAAGAGGUCGUGCGCGUGUCAUGCCCUAUGGGAUGGACGCCUUCAUGCUUGGCAUAGGAAUGCUGGGUUAUCCAGGGUUCCAGGCAGCAACAUAUGCGAGUCGCAGCUAUACUAGUCUGGCCCCAGGAUACACAUAUCAGUUCCCUGAAUUCCACUUAGAGAGGACCCCCCUUCUGACAUCACCCCACCCCGCUGAGCUCACAGCCAUUCCUCUAACGGCGUACAACCCCAUGGCGGCAGCCGCAGCAGCAGCAGCUGUGGUCAGAGGCUCAACUCCUUCUCGCUCAGCUGGGUUUUUAGGUACCAGCAGCCCUGGGCCGAUGGCAGACCUGUAUGGAACGGCCACUCAGGACUCAGCCAUCAGUAGCUAUAUCAGCGCUGCAAGUCCCGCUCCCAGCACUGGAUUCAGCCACAGCCUUGGGGGCCCUCUGAUUGCUACAGCAUUUACUAAUGGCUAUCAUUGAAAUGAGUGACAGGUACAAUAGUAUUCAUGGUUCUGACGUCUUCCCUACAUCUUAAGGAAGGAUUUUUGAAGUAUGUGGUGAUCUCAAUCGAAUAUAAUGGAUGCACUCUACGUGCCGCAGGGUUUUAUUCUUUUAUCAAGCUCUCUGACUUUGAAUGGUUUUGGAUGAAAUGAAUCAACCUUAAACUGAUGGAAUGUCAGUUGCAACACUAUUAAUGUAAUAUUUCCUGUUUUAUGAAUUACUGUCAUAUCAGUCUCUAAACUAACCUCCUGCUCCUCUUAUAUAGAGCUAAACGUGUAAAUAAUUAGUUCAUUUCUCAGUUUAAAAUGCUAACAACUUAAGUGUAUUUUUUGUCUUAGUUGUAUGUUUUUGAUCUCUCAGUCCUUGUUCAAAGUUUUGUCUUUUUUGUGAUGACAUUAUGUACAUGUAGGUAUGUAACUGUAGAUAAGCCUUUUCUUUUUAACAGCAGAAGAGCAAUAAUCUGUCAAAACUAUGUGAAUCUUUGUAGCGUAUUUAAAAGACUAAAUCACUUUCAGACACAUUUGGUACAUUUUCUACUGAAGAAUAUAGUGUGAUAGGAUGUCAAAAUGUAUAUUUUGUUAGUUUUGCAACUGGAUUUAUUACACAGA